CUCAAAACUUGCAUUGGUUUUUGUUUGGUUUUUCUUGCUAAUAUUCAGGAUGGUUUUGCCUUUGUAAUUCUUAACAAGUUGAACAAGUUCAUUAUUUUUAUUUUCUGGAUUUCAUUGUUCCUUUUAAUUACCCUUAUAAUGAAAAUGCCUGGGUAAGUCAGGACACUCACAAGAUUGGUCUCAUACCUGUAACAUCAUAUUCUGUUACAAUGUCUUUGCAAGAGGUUUGAUGCUAUGCCAAUUGUCUUAUCUUAUUGUCUCACUUUAUUCAAAACUAGACUUUGGUUUGCUAAAAUCAGCCUAAAGAGAAAGAUGAUGACUGCGAGCUCUGAUCACUCUAUUAAACAUGUCUAAUGGUAUUUCUAUCUUGUUUGAUUUUUCCUUGUUAAUGGGAUGAGUGUUACUGAAAUAAUUAUGAUAUCAAGUCCUUGUCUGAAAACUUGCUCGAGCGCUUUGCUUUCUGUCAAAGAAAACCAGCUCGAGCGUGUUCUGUCGAAAGGACUUUAAGAAGCCACGUUGCUUCUUAUUUUGUGUGGUGUGGUUGUAUCUAUAUAUGUAUCAAAAGAGAGUAUAGUUCUCAGUUUCCUACUGGCUCUUAGCUCCGAUCCCUACGCUCGGGACCGCCGUCGUCCGGAAUUGGAGACAAUUCUUGAGUCAGAAAUCUCAGAUUCCCGUUGAAGCAACCGGACCUUAACCCUACAGUCAAGGUAAUACUCGGCUCCUGCAAUGGUUUGAUAUGCGUAGCUCUUGAUUUUCAUCAGCACUUUUAUAUCUGGAACCCAUCCACUACCUGACCCAGAUUUUUGGUCACAAAAUAUUAAAACCCUUGACAGUUAUGGGUUGGUUAUGUAUCCGCCACUGACGACUACAAAGUUAUUGUGGCCGUUCGACCUACUCAAACAAGUAACAGAGGUGGCCUUGUUGUUUGGGUCUUCUCAUUUAGAGCCAACUCGUGGAAAACGAUUCAAGCUCCAUUCUUAUCCAUUCAGGCUCAUGUAAUAUACAUUAAGCAGAAACGGGGGACUCUUUCAAACGAGGCACUCCAUUGGCUGCCUUGGGGUGGCGGACCAGUUGUAAUUGCUUUUGAUUUGGCAGUGGAGUUCCGAGACGUAAUGUUGCCAAUUGUUAAAAAAAUUAUGAGUUCCGUUUCGAAGGGUUGGGGGCUCUUUUAGAAGAAUGUAUUCGCUACUAGGGAUACUAGGAUGCCCGAUUUUCAAUAUAUGGAAGUCUGGGUAAUGAGAGAAUAUGAUGUGUGUGAAUCUUGGACUGUGCUCUUUAAGUGUAGCAUUGACUAUGAGCUGCCACGGCCUUCCAGUUCUAUCUUCAUUAGGGAAAGUGGUACAACUUUGAUCCGGUAUUGUAGUGGCAAGAAGGUGGAGUUGAUAUGGUUUGAUAAAAAUGAAGACAAGUUUGACAACGAUGUGGUUUGCAGUCGAUGUAUGCUUGAGGGACUUUACUAUGCGGAUGACAGGAUUGAAUAUGUUGAGAGUCUGCUUUGUUUGCCUGACAUUUCCUAUCACCAAUCAUGUGAAUCCAGCCUUUGAAAAAUGGAUGGAUCGAGAUAUAAGUGUAAGGGCUUGGCUUGAUUCAAGAAUCUCUGAAGAAUUAUUACCAUAUACAGUCGGGGCUUAUUCCUCUCAUGCACUCUGGAUGAUCCUGGAGAAGCAGUUUGUUGGUGCUUCAAGUUGUCACUUUGAUUUAGGGGAGUUGGAAUCUACUGGUGAAGAAGUUGGACUUUUCUUCAGCAAACUAUCAGCUGUUGUAGGUUCUACUUUGUCACCAGAAGUUACCACAAAUUCGUUUUCCACGAAGGCAAGUUAUGGGAAUUUCAGUGGAACUGUUUUCUAAAUUCUUUAGACCAAAUGGGAAAGCAAUGUCUUAGGGAAGAUGUUUUCCAUGUAAACAGAUAAAAAUAUAUAAAUGAAGCUAUUUCAAUGACAAUGGCAUGGCGAAAAGUUUAAAGGCAUUAUCCCAAAUGGUCAUUUCAGUUGCACAAGGUGAAAUGAUCAUCGAGUUUUAUACAUCAUCCCCCGGGCUAAUCGGACUUUGGUUAUUGGUUGUUGUGGAAAACUUUUGCUAUUUGAAUUCAAAAGAAAAUCAGAGAUGGGGAGGUUGA